AAGAAGCCUCGACAACGAUACGCUUGUCUUUGAACGUGGCUUUGUUCGAAAUGGCUCUAAAGUGAAUUUUGAGCGAGAACGUAGAUGCUUUGCGUCUUUGUUGGCCGCGUAGCUCCCUGCCCCCUUGUUCCUGUGUGCGGCUGCAGGCCGGAAGUGAGUCGUGUAUCCGAGGCCUCAACCUUCCAAUGGCGACUGAAAACAGGCUGAAUAGAAAGCGGGAGCAACUGUGGAGGGGGUCGGAGCUGCACAGGCCAAAUUAAAUAAAUAUAUAUAUUGUCUGCCGGAGUCGCAAAGUUAACCUAUUUUUUUUCAUCUAUCCAUAUUCACGUCCGAUUCAAUGGCCAAAAAUCGGAACAAUUCGCUCCUAGAGUCGGAGCUCUACUAUUUGAUAUCUCGUUUUUUAUCUACGGGUCCAUUUCAGGCUGUGGCUGAGGCCCUCGCCAGAGGAAUUGAGGAAUAUCAGCUUUUGCCCAAGAGACUGGACUGGCAGGGAAACGAGCACCCGAGAACAUAUCAAGAUUUGGUUGCUGCAAACAAACAUAUCGCUCCUGAUCAUUUGCUACAGAUAUGUAAGCAAAUUGGACCACUUCUUGACAAAGAAGUGCCAUCAUGUGUCCCUGGUGUGCACUCUCUGCUGGGGUCUGGAAAGCAGUCAGUAUUCCGGAACGCAAAAGAUUGGGACAACGUGCAAUGUAAAGCUUCAUCAUAUGCAGCCCUUCAUAGGGGCAGACCACCCGAGAGGCCUUUAAAUUGCAAAGAACCUCUGAGUUUGGUAAAGAUUCAUCGAGGGAGGGAGCUUACAGGGGUACAGCGCUACAGCUCGAUCAAUCCUGUCAGCAACUACGAGCGCAUGCGCCUGCACCGACGAAUCCUGGGUCAUUUGUCUGCUGUGUACUGCAUUGCAUUUGAUCGCACCGGCCUCAGAAUCUUUACAGGCUCAGAUGACUGCUUGGUAAAGAUUUGGUCUUCAUUUGAUGGAAGGCUUCACUCAACAUUGCGUGGGCACUCGGCAGAGAUCACAGACCUGGCUGUUAGUUAUGAAAACACACUCAUUGCUGCAGGAAGCUGUGACAAAACCAUCCGUGUGUGGUGCCUUCGUACUUGUGCACCUGUUGCUGUGCUGCAGGGGCACAGUGGAUCCAUUACCUCUCUACAGUUUUCACCAUUUGCCAAGGGCUCCAAGCGCUACAUGCUGUCCACUGGGACAGAUGCCACCGUCUAUUUCUGGCAGUGGGAUGUAAACAACAUCAACUUUAGUGAUCGUCCUCACAAGUUCACUGAGCGACCAAGACCUGGUGUUCAGACUGUGUGCUCAUCUUUCAGCCCAGGUGGGAUUUUCUUAGCCACAGGAAGUACUGAUGAUGUCAUUCGAAUCUAUUACUUGGGUAGUGGAACUCCAGAAAAGAUAUCGGAGCUUCAUGAACACACUGACAAAGUGGACAGCAUCCAGUUCUGCCACUUGAGUGAAAGAUUUGUCAGUGGAAGUCGAGAUGGAACUGCGAGAAUCUGGAAGCUCCAUCAGCGUCAGCAGUGGCGAUGCAUUCUCCUCAACAUGUCAGCCAAUCUGCCAGGAGCGGAAACGACAAAUGAGGAAGAAAGUUACUUUAAGCCCAAAGUUACCAUGGUAGCAUGGGAUCGCCAUGACAACACCGUCAUCACUGCAGUGAACAACCAUCUCCUCAAAGUGUGGAACUCCUGCACCGGACAGCUGCUACAUAUCCUCAAAGGCCAUGAAGCUGAGGUGUUUGUUCUUGAGCCACACCCCUUUGACCCCAGGAUCAUACUUUCUGCUGGCCAUGAUGGCAAUGUGUUCAUCUGGGACCUUCUGCGAGGAAAGAAAACGCAGCACUACUUUAACAUGAUUGAAGGUCAAGGUCACGGUGCUGUAUUUGAUUGCAAGUUCACUCCUGAUGGUCAGCGGUUCGCUUGCACAGACUCCCACGGCCAUCUGCUUAUCUUUGGGUUCGGCAGUUCAAAGCCAUAUGAGAAGCUUCCAGAUCAGGUGUUCUUCCAUACAGAUUACAGACCACUGAUAAGAGAUGCCAAUGGCUUUGUACUUGACGAACAAACUCAACAGGCACCUCAUCUCAUGCCUCCGCCUUUCCUUGUGGAUGUGGAUGGAAACCCUCAUCCACCCAGCUACCAACGUCUUGUUCCGGGACGAGAGAACAUUGCUGCUGAACACCUGGUUCCUCAGUUGGGAUACGUCGCAACAAGUGAUGGUGAAGUGGUAGAGCAGGUGAUCAGCCAGCAGACUGCAGAGCAUGAGGCAGCCACGCAGAGAGUGGGCAACCUUCUUGAUGAAGCUAUUCGAGUGCUGCAGCAGCAACAGGACAGACAGGGUCCUGCCGGCAACGAGGCGCCUGGACAUAUUGGAGGCAGAGCAGACGGCCAAGCUGUCUCCCAGGGGCAAGCCCCAGCUCCGGCACCCAGUACUCCACGCAGAGUGUCUGUAAAUGAGCGAGUGGACAUUCAGUCUCCACCCAAUGUGGGCCUGCGCCGAAGUGGACAGGUGGAAGGUGUCCGGCAGAUGCACCAAAAUGCGCCGCGCAGCCAAAUAGCCACUGAGAGAGACCUACAGGCAUGGCGACGCCGAGUGGUGGUACCUGAACUUCCUCCGAGCAGCUACAGGGACCAAGAGGAGAUUCGGACUGCCAAAGGUGAUGAAGAGAUCGCCUUGUACAACAUGAAGAGGAGGCGCAUUUUAUACAACAGCUGUCGUGAUGAUUCUGAUGACGAACCCACCACAAGCACAAAAAGAACUCAUAGCCGCUCUAAUGCCACAGACUUGAUUGAAUUGUCUUGUGAAGAAGGAGAGGAAACUGCAAGCUCGGAUGUGCACUCUGAGGACAAUGACAUUGAUGGCAGUGAGCUGGAUUCCUCCAAUGAGGAGGAGUGGAACAGUGACAGUCAGAGCCACUCAUCCAGCGAGUACUCAGACUGGACCGCCGAUGCUGGUAUCAACUUGCAACCCUCCACGCCAUUAUCUUCCCGCAAGAGAGUGCGGCGCCAGCUGAGUAGCUCAGAGGAGGAAGAAGAAGAAAACGAAGAAGAGGAAGAGAAGCCGCAGAGUGACGAAGAGGAAAAGCCUGAGACGAAAGGCAAAGCGAAGGCAAAGAAGUCAAAGGUCAAGUCCCCAAGGCGGCCAAAGCCUCGUCCAUCUAUCAACAGAGAAGUGUCCAAUGAGUUCCGCCCUUCAAUCUGGAUCACUGAUGUCAUUCCCAGAAAAUCUCCGUUUGUUCCUCAAAUGGGUGAUGAGGUGAUUUACUUUCGGCAGGGUCAUGAAGCUUAUGUGGAGGCAGUGAGGCGGAAUGAAGUGUACCCCAUCAACCUGGAGAAACAACCCUGGAGAAAGAUGGUGCUACGGGACCAAGAAUUUGUGAAGAUCACUGGAAUCAAGUAUGAAGUCUGUCCUCCUACCCUCUGCUGCCUGAAGCUCAGCCUCAUUGAUCAUGGCACAGGAAAGAUCACAGACAAGUCCUUCUCUGUGAAGUACCAUGACAUGCCGGAUGUUAUUGAUUUCCUGGUGUUGCGACAAAGUUACGACGAGGCAAUGCGGAGAAAUUGGCAACCAAAUGACAGGUUUCGCUCAGUGAUAGAUGAUGCCUGGUGGUUUGGCACCAUCAUCUGUCAGGAGCCAUACCAACCAGACUACCCAGACAGUCUUUUCCAGUGCUUCAAAGUGAGGUGGGACAAUGGUGAAACAGAGAAACUUAGUCCAUGGGAUGUCGAACCUAUUCAGGAUGAUGACACAAAUGGAGGUGGGAUCCCCGUCUCUGUUUCGGAACUGACCGAGCUGAUGUACAAGCCUGUGCAUGGCGAGUGGGGGGAAAGAAGCAGGGACGAGGAAUGUGAACGGAUUAUUGCUGGAAUUGAACAACUCCUCGCCAUAGAGAUAGCAGCUCCAUUCUCUGGUCCUGUGGACUUGGUCCAGUAUCCCACAUAUUGUACUGUGAUCGCGUACCCCACUGACCUCGGCACCAUCAGGCUGCGCCUCAUGAACAAAUUCUACAGGCGUUUCUCUGCGUUAAUUUGGGAUGUCAGGUACAUCGCACACAACGCUCGUACUUUCAAUGAGCCACGAAGCAAGAUUGCUCACUCUGCAAAGAUCAUCACCAACGUCCUUCAGAAAUUUGUCAAUAAUCCCAGUUGCACAGACAUCAUGGAGAUUUACAGUGUUGUUGAAGAAAUGGAUGAAGAUGAUGAGGAAGAGGACACAGAAGGUCCGGGUACAUCCUCAGGACAUAGGCUGCGCCAGCGCUCUGUGGAAGUCCUGCCGGACAGAGAUGCCUGGAAAGAGCAGUGCAGAAGUUUACUCAACUACAUUUUCGAGUGUGAGGAUUCGGAACCGUUCCGACAGCCUGUUGAUCCACAGAACUACCCUGUGAGUUUAAGUUGGCUUUGUUCAGUUUUAUACAAAAUAACAUCAUGUAUAAUAUUUCUACACUGUGUUAAUCUUCAGGACUACACUGAUAUCAUUGCAACACCGAUGGAUUUUGGCACCGUUAGGAGGACUCUGGAGGAAGACCACUAUGAAAAUCCCAUAGAGUUUUGCAAAGACAUCCGUCUCAUAUUUGCGAAUGCAAAAGCGUACACACCGAACAAGCGCUCCAAGAUAUACAGCAUGACCUUGAGGCUCUCUGCCUUCUUUGAAGAACAGAUCAGAACAAUCAUAUCAGAGUACAAAACUGCUGUUAAAAGCAGCGAAAGGCUCCGUCGCAGCCAGAGGUUUAGGAAGAAGACCCAGCAGACGGAUCAGUCUGCUCCCACCAGUCAAAAGAGGCAUGCAUUCAAAACUCAGGAUACUGAUGAGCCAACGUCAGCAGUCAAAUCUACCUCAGUCAAAGUGUCUGUUCCUGAGAGGGCGCACAGGAGUCGCAGGAACAGCUCAGAGGAUGACUCUGGCUGCAAAGAGUCCAACAGCGAUAGUGAGCUGAGUGAGUCGGAGCAGAAAUGUCCAGGGUCUUCCAGACAACACUCUGGAAAGCACAGGAUCACUAGAGCAAAUAGUGGGAAGCAGAGGAUUACAGUUGCUGAAAGUGACAGUGAUGAAGAGGAGGAGGAGGAAGAAGAAGACGAUGAUGAUGACGACGACGAUGAUGAUGAUGAGGAAGAGGCAAAGGAAGAAUCUGACAGUGAAGCUGAGGAGGAAGUGGGCGGUGUGUCCUCUCCAGCAUCAGGUCAACGCUACCCCUCCUGGACCAAAAGGAGCAGGAGCACACGGUCAACUAGAAUCAGUACUGGGAGUGAGAAGACAUGGACAGAUGGUGGUGCAGAGAUGAAUGGGCGGAGCAGCAGGACCUCCCGCAGGGAGAGGCGGCAGGGUCUGUCCCAGGCCUCUGACGACGACAAGAUCAUGGUCCGCAGGUGUCUGAAGAGGAAAACUGCGAGGGCAGCUGUAAACAAGAUCAAACAACUGGAGGCGUCAGAUGAUGACAAAGAGGAGGAGGAUCCCAGCGCCAUCCGCCCUCGACGAACAGCUCGGACCAGCAAACGCACUGCCGUGAUUCAGAGCAGCUCUGAAUCAGACGGCGAAACAUCGACACAAGCCUCUCAGAACACCGGCGACUCCACUGCAGAGUCCAAUGAAGAGAGUGAUGACGCCGGCGUGGCUUCAUCUGACUCCCACACGCAACCGAACGGAGAUGCAAAAUUUGCCAAAGAAAAGUCUUCAAAGAAGCCCACCAAGACAAAAGAUGGGAAUUCACCUUGUUUGAAUGGACACAGUGCAAAACGCCAGUCAGAAAGUAAGUCUGAGCAGGAAGCUGCUUCAGACAGCCCUGCUAAUGUGAAGCAGGGUCCCUUUGCAAGGUCAACUUCUGCAACAAGAAAAAGUCGAAAACCAACCGACAAAGAGCAAAGCCAACGUAAAUCAACUUGCCCCAAAUCACCUGUCAGCUCGGAUGAAGAGGAAACGGAGCAAAACCAUAAUGAACAUCCACAGCUAAAUGGAACGAGCGGUAGAAGCAAUGAGUCGAAGAAACUGCGUCAAGUUUCAUCUUCCAAAUCACAGGGUUCUCACAUACCUGCCUCAGCUAACCGUAGUGGGUCAGAGUCGGAGGAGCUCAGCGACGCCCCCAGAAGGACACGACCAACCAGCGUCAGACUGAAGCAACAGGAAAGCAGUCACUCCAGUGAUGACUUCGAAGCCGAAAGUAGGACAAAAAGGCAAACAAGGAAGAAGAGCAAAACGAAAUGGCCUCGCGGCGCCAACUCAGCCUCUGAUAGUUCGGAGCAGUCAUACAAACCCAAAAACAAGAAGAGAAGGAAACGCUCCACUGGCUCGUCCGAUGAAGAGUCGGAUCAUUCAGACAGUGCGUCCAACCGACGUUUGUGCCUACGAACUCUGCCUAAAAAGAAGUAUAUCAGUGACGACUCUGGUUCUGGGGAGCAAUCUAUGAGCCAUAUCAAACAGAAAAAUGGGAGCAAGGUGGCCGCUGUUAAACCCGAGGGAAGACUCAAGCGAAAUUCAAAUAGAACCUCGCCUGUUGACACUGCCAAUCAAAUUCCUUCCAAAAGGAAACGAAUAUACUCGUCAGACUCCGAGGUAGAAAAGGAGGAACCAACAGAGCCAGUGGCCAAGAGCAAGAAAAAUGGCAGGUUAGGCUUUUCAAAGCGACCCAAAGUAGGGAAGCCUGACAGCAACGAGGAUAAGAACUCUGAUUCUGAGGAAGAAGAUGAGGAGGUUGGUCACACCAGGCCUGGAAAGAAAAAUGAGAAGCGUCCGCAAUACACCAACGAGAGCAGCCAUGACUCUGACUCUGACAGCAAGAAGUCUUCUUCUGGCUCUGACAACUCGUGCUCUAGCUCAGGAUCCAUCAGCAGUCCAAAGAUGAGAAGUCGUAGACGGUCUGGUGCUGGUGAGAGGAUGGUAGGUCGCCAACUAAGACAGCGAAAGCCAGCUGCGUCGGAGGAUGAAAGUGACGAGUUAGCCGGAUACAGUACAUCGCAGCGAAGACAACGUGUCAACACCCGCAACAGGGGGAAGCGGACCGUCAUUUACAAUGAGAGUGAAUGAAGGCGGUCGAGAGAGAGGGGGAGGGGCUUUGGACAGUAGUUGGGAUUGUAACUGGAAACUGCAAAUGCACUUGAUGGCCGCACUAUGGUAGGAGCACUGGUUUCCUCGUGGAAAAAAAUGCUGUGAAUCUGUUUAAUUCAGGGAUAUUUAUAUUUUCUAUGAAAAAAAAAAACGUUUAUAGAUAGAAGUUGAAGCAAUGGAACUGCUGGUUUAUAAAGAUGUACAGCAGGAUGCCACCUCCCUCACUGCUUGUUCUUUGGCCAACAGAAUAACCUUUAUUGGCGUCUCGUUGGCUUGGGUGCUAUCUGAUAUACCUCUGAUCGAUCAGGCAUAUUGCUAGCUUGCACUACAAAACACUGUAAUGAGGUAUUUCAUACACUAGUUUUGCAUUAGAAACUCAGGGGUCAGAUAAGUUUACUGUAGUCUUCAAAACAGAUUUUUUUUGGGGGGGGGUUGUUUAUAUUUUUUAUUUGUUUUGAGCUAAGGACAGGAAACAAUUCCAGGUCGGUGGAUGUCUGAGCACAUGCAUGAGGUAGCAGCAAACCCACAUCCAGAUUUUUGACUGCAGCACUCCGUACUAUUCUCGUUGAUGAAAUGAGCCAAAUGAACUUUUUCUUUGCCCCAUGAAUUUCCUGUUUUAUUUUGCGUGGUGGAAAUGGUUGUAAAUUUAAGAUUGCGUACACCAGAAGACCCGUGGUAGCAAAGUGUUAUUUAAUUUGUACAUUUUUUUUGUUUUUGUUUUAUAUAAAAAUACCUGAAAUUAUUUUUAUUGCAUCGUCUUGCCAUAAGUCACAUGUCGGUACCUUUUUGCAGAGUACAAGUAAAAAGAAGUACUUGUUGCAAAAUACUGUGAUUUCUCAUAUUGGGAAGACUAUUGUCUGUGUUAUACCUAUUUUCAGUAUUAAUAUCUCUUUUUGUUCAGAAUCUUAAGUUUAGCCAGUCACAUGUGAUUUAGUUCAGCUAAUGGGGAGUUUCCUGAAUGCAGUUUCUUAUUGAUGUUUUUCAUACUACACCUUUUGAUAAACCUGAAUUCACAGGAAGAAACUAAUGUGGUUGUGGAGUGCAAUGAAUUAUUCCUUCUUUCA